AAGAGCGCGCACGCUGGCUCGGCGCGCGAGUCAAAGAUUUGAUUUGGAGUAAAAUCAACCUUUUCUUCUUCACAAACGAGAAGAAAGAGGGCGAGAAGCAGAGCACUGCGCACGGUGGCCCGGCGAGUCGACCCAAGCAUGGAGUCCGUCGACGCAGGCGGCGAGGUGAGGCACUGGAGCGCGGAAGUCAACGGCAUCUCCCUCCACGUCGCGGAGCAGGGCCCCGCCGCCGGCCCGGCGGUGCUCCUCCUCCACGGCUUCCCGGAGCUGUGGCUCUCGUGGCGCCACCAGAUGGCCGCCCUCGCGGCCCGCGGCUUCCGCGCCCUCGCCCCCGACCUCCGCGGCUACGGUGACUCCUCUGCCCCCACGGACCCCGCCGCCUACACCGUUAUCCACCUCGUCGGCGACGCUGUGGCGCUCCUCGACCACCUCCGUCUCCCCAAGGUGUUUGUGGUGGGCCACGACUUGGGAGCGCAGGUGGCGUGGCAUCUCUGCCUGCUCCGGCCGGACCGCGUGCGCGCCGUCGUCGUCCUCGGGGUGCCCUACUUCCCACGUGCCCCUCGCCCGACGACGGAGAUCUUCGCGGCCCUCGACGAUGGGUUCUACAUCACGCAGUUCCAGGAGCCUGGAAGGGCUGAAAAGGCAUUCGCCCGCUAUGACGUCGCGACUGUCCUAAAGAAGUUCUACUCAAUUGAAUUAGACAGCAUCACCGCUCCUCCUGGAGUAGAGAUCAUAGACUUCUUACAGGCAUCAGCAUCAUCCCCACUUCCUUGGAUGACUGACGAAGAACUAGGCCAGUACGCCGAGAAGUUUCAGAAGUCUGGUUUCACCGGGCCGCUCAACUACUACCGCAUGAUGGACACGAACUGGAGGCUCACUGCGCCAUGGCAUGGCGCGAAGAUCACGGUGCCUGCGAAGUUCAUCGCGGGCGACAAGGACACCGGCUUCGAGUCCUUUGGAACCAAGCGCUACGUCGAGAGCGGGGGUUUGAAGUCCAAUGUUCCAGACCUUGAGGUUGCCAUCAUCAAAGGACACCACUACCUCCAGCAAGAGCAGGCCGAGAGAGUGAACACUGAAAUAUUGUCCUUCCUUGACAAGUUUAGUAAGAAUUGAGUAAGCAGAUGAUCUGCUAGUGAGCUGGUUGUAGAUCUGCCAGUGCUACCUUUUGUGAACUGAAGAACGGAAAAGCUUACUCGAAUAAAUGUCAGAUCUGGAUACAGCCAUGUGUGUUGACCUGAAUGGAACGAAAGAGCGCGUAAAAUAUGUGAAGUGUUCUCCAGAUGAAAUACUGAAUAAAGCAAGGUUUU